AUGGAACACCUACCAUUACCCGACGGCGUCGAGCCUUUCAUCAUCGUGCCGUACGAAGCACCGCCAGAAAAAUGGUAUGACGGUCAAGGGUUCAUUGAUUACCCACAACGAUGUGGCUGGACCGAAGAGCAACUUCGUGGUGGCGACGAUACCACAAAGGAGGAUCAUCUAGAUGCUAAUGGGUUCAAAAAGAAAGGAAGUGAUGACGAAGUUGAGCAGUUCUUCCAGACAUGGCUCUUCUUCGGACUGGUAAUUGAGUUCUUCGCAAUCGGCGGUGUUCACGUUCAGACCGAAGACUUCCUUGUAGACGCGAAUACGGAGGGAGAUAAUCCUGAUAUGCCGAAGAUGGUCAACACCUCAAAGCUACCACAGCUUCUGCUCAAUUGGCGAAACGGACUCACGAACAGGGGUGCUGAUACCGAAAGAACACGGAACAUUUUGGGGUCAAUGUUUGACAGGUCAAAGUCUAUUCUAGACCGGUUCUGUGUACCAGGACACGAAAAGGAGUGGCCAUUGAAACAGGAAAAGCCUCGCCCAUGGCCUGUGAGAGACGAAAUAUCUACCACCAUGAUCGCAUUAACCUUCUCCCUUCGGGAAGCAGCUACGCAAUCAGGUUCCAUAGACAAUGAUAAUACAUUGAUCCCCACGCUCCAUGGUCGCUCUGAAUUGCUGUGGAAACGACUGCAGCAGAAAUGGUGUAUUGCUGAUGUGACUACCGCUCUCAAAGAGCUUGCUAUCGAUGGCCACUACUAUCUCGCUGCAUCGCCCGGACUAUCAAAUAAGGAACUCGACCAUCAUUCUAAAUGCACCGAGGAGCAUUGUCUCUACGAGUAUGACCUGAAGAUGUACGUCACUCGACAUGCUGGCUCUCAAUGGCACCAUUCUGGUUGCAAGUCAACUAUACAGUACGGUGGACAAUUGGGGCCUGAAAGAGGGCAGAAAGAUUGGGUAGACGCAAUUAGCAAGAUCAUUGGCGAAAAGAACGCCAUACCAAUUGCCCUAUGGGUAAAAGGGGAACGCAAGCUUUGGUCCGUAGAGUAUCACUUGACUGGCCAUCGACAGCCAGACUAUGUUGCGAUCUCACAUGUUUGGGCCGACGGCCAAGGUAACCCAAGAGCCAACUCCGUUCCUGAAUGCCAAUUGGAUCGAAUUACACAUUAUGUUGAAAAUAUCCACUGGCUGGGUCGAAAGCCUAUCCCCAGCAAUCCCAGUCUCUCUGAUGGAAUUGGUUUUUGGUUAGAUACCAUUUGCGUUCCGGUAGAUGACAAGGGCCUGAAGAAAAAAGCUAUUGCCAAUAUGCGUCAUGUAUAUUCGAGAGCGAAGGCCGUGUUGGUUCUGGAUAAUUGGCUUGAGCAGAUUCCAUCCACCUACCCAAUAUUGGACAUUGUUUCUCGAUUGUAUCAGUCUAACUGGAUCAAACGACUAUGGACCCAUCAGGAGGGAUUUCUUCCUGGUCUAGACACCCCCGUGGAAGACGGUAUCCCAAAGACUUCUGGGGUGUACAUUCAAUUCAGCGAUAAAUCAAUCGAGCUGGAUGACCUGUGCCGGCAAUUCGAUGCCUAUCGGCAACAACAGAUUGAUGUAGGUAAAUACCUUCAAUUUCCGACAAUAGCAAAUGGGCGGCUACUAGUCUUAUAUUCGAGGCUGAAGUUUAUCAUGUCGGGAGUGAAAGAUAUGAAGGGCAAAUGGAAGCUCUAUGCUCCCGUGGCUGAUGCUAUGUCUGAGCGAAAGACGUCAAGACUUGCCGACGAGAUAAUCUGCAUAGCAACUAUUAUCGGCAUUGAUGUUAAACCGUUUCUAGAGCUCCCUGAUAAGGACAAGUCAGACGAAGAGUCAGCCCAGGAUAGGAUGGCUCUGUUUCUGGAUACGUUGCAUACUUUCCAAACGCAGCUGGUUUUCAACAAUUACCAAAGACUGGAGAGACUAUAUACCGGGGAUGAUGAACGUACAGCGAAUUUGCAGGCCGUCAACGGUAAAAAAGGAUUGUUGGUUCAAUAUCCCGGUUUCUUGAUGCAGUUCGACAGUGGUCGGCCAACAUUUGGUACAAGCGAACGGGGCUGUGUUAUCAAAUACAAUCAGAGGUCAGCGAAGUCUCACGGGGGGCCGAGUGUUGAUGGCACUUACUUCAUUAUCGAGCUACCACCGAACAAUGUCAGCUGGAUUGAAUCUUCCUCGCAGGUCUAUGCCGUGGUAUUGUAUGAGGUGCCAACAAAGCGUGGGCAAUCUUGCGCGGCAAUCGUGGGAUUGUCUACCUCAUCACCUGUAAAUGGUAUAUACACGUUUGAGCAUUGCUCGAUUGCGACAGCACGAGUUGUCAGUACGGCCCCAAAGUGGGUGGAUAUUAUCGAGACGCCGCUCCUUACAAGCAAUACCAAGUGGCUAGUGUAUUGA